UCGUAAGUUUCUUUCUGUGUCGUAUGGUGUAUGAGUAGUAUAUUUCCAUCAUGCAGUUAUUUGUGAAAACUUUAACUAAUAGAACCAUUACUCUUGAAGCUGAAUCUUCUGAGACUGUUGAGAAUAUCAAAAAUGUAAUUCAAGACAGAGAAGGAAUCCCUUUGUAUGAGCAAAGAUUAUACUUUGCUGGUAGACAAUUAGAAAAUGAAAAAAUACUUUCUGAUUAUAAUAUUCAGAAAGAAUGUUCACUUGAUCUACAAUUACGUUUGUAUGGUGGCGCCAAGAAACGCAAGAAGAAGAAUUAUUCUACUCCAAAAAAAAUUAAGCAUAAGAAGAAGAAAGUUAAGCUUGCAGUUCUCAAGUUUUACAAGGUUGACGAAAAUGGUAAAAUUCAUCGUUUAAGACGAGAAUGUCCUUCAGAACAAUGUGGAGCUGGAGUUUUUAUGGCUGCAAUGGAAGAUAGACAUUAUUGUGGCAAAUGUGGAUAUACUCUUGUAUUUAAUAAACCUGAAGACAAAUAAAUGCAAAAUAAUUAA